UGCGAACGGACCGCGUUGCUACCCGGACGCUCCAGCGCCACGGCCGGACCGCCCACCAGCCCGGCGCCGGAAGUGAGCUGUUUGGGGGCGCCGCCGGGAGCUGCCACGUCCGAGAGCAGGAGCUGCUGUGUUCGCAGCCAUGGUGUCAGUAAUUAACACUGUGGACACCUCCCAUGAGGACAUGAUUAAUGACAUUCCCGUCAGAGAAAUGGAAUUUGGAGAUGCUAGCUUGUUGCCUGAAAAUGAUGCUUCUUUGAGGUUAGAUUAUUAUCAGCACGAUGCCCAGAUGGACUACUAUGGCACCCGCCUAGCAACCUGCUCAUCAGACAGGUCUGUCAAAAUCUUCGAUGUGCGAAAUGGAGGACAGAUCCUCAUUGCCGACCUCAGGGGUCACGAGGGUCCUGUGUGGCAAGUGGCCUGGGCCCACCCCAUGUAUGGCAACAUCCUGGCAUCCUGCUCCUAUGACCGGAAAGUCAUUAUCUGGAAGGAGGAGAAUGGCACCUGGGAGAAGACGCAUGAGCACACAGGACACGACUCCUCAGUAAACUCCGUGUGCUGGGCCCCCCAUGACUAUGGCCUAAUACUGGCCUGCGGGAGCUCAGAUGGGGCCAUCUCCCUACUGACGUACACCGGGGAGGGCCAGUGGGAAGUGAAGAAAAUCAACAACGCUCACACAAUUGGCUGCAAUGCCGUCAGUUGGGCCCCUGCUGUUGUACCUGGAAGCCUAAUAGACCAGCCAUCAGGGCAGAAGCCCAACUACAUCAAGAAGUUUGCAUCAGGCGGCUGUGACAACCUCAUCAAACUGUGGAAGGAGGAGGAGGACGGCCAGUGGAAGGAGGAACAGAAGCUAGAAGCGCACAGUGACUGGGUUCGAGAUGUGGCCUGGGCCCCCUCCAUUGGCCUGCCCACCAGCACCAUCGCCAGUUGCUCCCAGGAUGGUCGUGUGUUCAUCUGGACUUGUGAUGACACCUCAGGCAAUACAUGGUCACCCAAACUGUUGCACAAGUUCAAUGACGUUGUGUGGCAUGUGAGCUGGUCCAUCACAGCCAACAUCCUGGCUGUCUCGGGCGGAGACAAUAAGGUGACCCUGUGGAAGGAGUCCGUUGACGGGCAGUGGGUGUGCAUCAGUGAUGUCAACAAGGGCCAGGGUUCCGUGUCAGCUUCCGUCACAGAGGGCCAGCAGAAUGAGCAGUGACAGGCAAGGCCAAGCUCCCCACCUGCUGACUCCAGGACUGCCCUUUCCUGGACCAACUAACCAAAUAGCUGGGAAGAACAGCUUCUACACGAUUACUUUCCCAGGAGUAGUUACAAAUGCAACCAGAUUGAUCUGCCUUAACAUGAUUUGAAAUGGUUUGUAAUUUACUAUCCUGCUGAAAGCAUUCAUGUUAUGAGGAAGAAGCUACAAAUGAUCUUUAAAUCUAUUAUUUUAAAAUAUUUUGGGCCAUUUUUACAUACCUUUUGGGUUCAGGCAUUAUUUGGGGGGUUUUAUUUCCAAAAUAGUUAAAUAAAUUCGUAUUGCUUAUAA